AUGUCGAAUUCUCAACAUUAUCAAACAAGAAGUACAACACAGAUUAAUAAAACAAUCAAUGAACUUUCAUCUGAUCUACCACCUACACGAAAAAUGACAUCAUCACAUUUAGAUCAGUCAACAACAACAACGACUGAUACCUUUCAACAGACCAACAACAGUCAAGAAGAAAAUCCAAUAUUGAAAUUUCAGAAUCCACAAUAUAAAGAAGAGAAUGUAUCAUUUAGUGAAAAAACCGAAAAUUCAUUACUAAUUCCGUUGUUAAAUCGAUGCUCAUUGUCACAAUCAGCAUUGUUUCCUGAAAAAUCUCAGUCAUCAAUAAUUAACCAACAUCAUUCAGUCGAACUAUCUCCAUCAAUGUAUCCUACUCGAAAAACAUUGACAUCAAAUGAUAUGAAAUCUACAUUAUGCCCAGCAUCAUCAUCUAUCAAUACUGAAGAAAUCCUUCGUUCAUCUGUUGCGUCAAUGACUUCACAAGGAUUUGAUUUACCAACCAACACAUCAUCUAUUCCACAAGCUUUACAAUUAAAUUCUAAUAUGGAAAAAAAACGAAUAUCAGAUGAAUUACAGUACACAUCAUUCAAUCUAUUAUCACCAACUACAACCCUCGAUCAAACUUAUUUUUUAAAAUUAGAAGUUGAUCGAUUAACAAAAGAAUUAGAACUUAUGAAAUUACAACAAUCUCAACAGCAACCAAAUACCGUACGUGUAACUCAUCCUGAUGCAUCGUAUUCAGUUGUUCAACAGCCGACGACAACAACAGCACAAUUGCCAUAUUCGAAUAUGACUAUGGCACCUAUUCAUGUCAUAAUUAAUACCGAUCCACUUCAACAAAUGAAAGAUUUUGUUAAACCUUUCAAUGGCAAUCCAAAUGAUGAUGUUACUAAAUGGAUCGAAAGUAUUGUUCAUUAUUUUGACAUUGCACAAAUAUCGGGUGAUAAAGAAACAUUAUAUUUCCAAUAUGCUCCAGCAUUUUUGAAAGAAUAUGCGUAUAAGUGGUGGACAGAUCAAAAGCAUUAUAUAUUUAGUUGGUCAAUAUUCAAGCAGGCAUUGAUAACACAAUUUGCUGAAAAGAACGAAUAUUUAAUUGAACAACAAUUCGACCAACGAAAGCAGCAAAUAAAUGAACCGGUUAUCAAAUAUUAUUAUGAUAUCAUCGAUUUGUGUAAGAAAUAUGAUCCACUUAUGUCAGACAAACAAAAAAUUCGUAAAUUAACCAAUGGACUUAAAUUGUCAUUAUACCAAGAAGCUAUUAAAGAAACUUACUCAACAUCAUUCGAUUUUUUGAUAAAGGUACAACAACUGGAAAAUAUUCAGAAGUUGAUCGAAUUACGACAAAAUCAAACAGCCCAAGUAUCAACCAUAACAAAGAGCGACGACAAAUUAUCAUUAUCAUCACAGGUACAUUCUUAUCAAUUAUCGAGUCGACAAUCGAACAAUUAUCCGACAAAAUCGACAUAUUAUUCUUCAUCGACACAAAAUGAUUAUCCAUAUCCAACGCAACAAUCGUUUUCACCAACAUCAAACCAAUAUUCACCAUAUGAACACUCUGAAUUUAAUCAGAAUCAACAAUAUCCAAUAUCACAGUUCUCUCAAUCGCAACACAUGUACAGUCAACCACACUCAUAUUUACACCAUCAACAUCAUUCGUCAGGAAAAUCAAACAUUUAUUGUUAUAAUUGUGGUCAACCUGAGGUGCCGGAUGGUGGUUCCUCUGAAUCAAUAAUAAAUCCAUCACCAUUAUCAUUUAUCACAGUUCCGGUAAAUGGUAAUCGAUUACAAUGUCUUUUAGAUACAGGAGCUAGUAAUACAUUUAUUCAUACAUCAACAUUAUCCCAUAUCAGACACAAUCCAAUUAAGCGAACCAAAGGUAAGUAUACACUGGCAGAUGGAAAUACCACAGUCGAUAUCGAUGGAGAAGUCGAAAUUUAUAUUCAAAUAGGACACAUUAGAACGAAAAUUACUGCAUUUAUAUCAAAAUCUUUAUCAACAUCAUGUAUAUUAGGUCAAGAUUGGAUGAGAAAGUAUGCAGUCGAUAUUUGUCAAUCAAGUAAAUUAAUUAUCAUAUACACAGCAAGAUCAUCAGCUAUUAUAUCGAUGGACGAUAAUAUGGACAAACAUAAUUUUAACUUAAAGUUAGCUAAUACCAUAGUAUUAAAACCACAACAUGAAACAAUUGUUCGACUUAAAUCACCUAUUUCUUCUUCUUCGAAUAUUAUCUUUCAUCCUAAUCGUAACAUCCAAUAUCAAAAACUUAUUGCCAUUCCGAAUGCUUUAUUAACUAUACAAAAUUAUGAAACAUAUAUUACAAUCGCUAAUCCGACAAAUAAAAUAUGCCGAAUACCUAUUCAUACUAAUAUUGGUUAUUUUACUGUACAACCUUUAGAUAUUCGUUGUUAUACAAUCAAUUCAUGUUUAGAUAAUGAUCAACGGUCGUCAAAUGAUCGACAACCCGAAGUUGCUAAACAUGAUUCAAUAGAAGCUAUUUUUGAUCAACUGUUAGAUCACAUUCAAGAUCAACAUGAAAAAUCCGAAAUUCAUCAAUUGUUAAUUAAAUAUAAAAAGAUUUUCGAUACAUCAACACACUCGAUCGCUAAAAUUUCUUCUCCACCGAUGAUAAACACUGGUUUAAAUCUUCCAAUCCAUUCACGUGUUUAUCGUACCGAUCCAAUCAAACAACAACAUAUUUCGACAAUUAUCAAUGAUAUGUUAAAAUCUGGACAAAUUCAAAAAUCAUAUUCUAGUAUUCGACCACUUCAAGACAAUGUUGAUGCAAUUAUUAAAUUACCAACACCAACAACACCCAAGCAAGUCCAUUCAUUCGUACAAGCUGCCAAUUAUUAUCGUGAUCAUAUUGAAAAUUUUUCAAAGAUUGCUGCACCACUAUAUCCUUACACAAAGAAGAACGCCAUUUGGAAAGGUUGGACACCACAAAUGGAAAAUGCAUUUAAUGAUCUUAAACGUCGACUCACAACACCACCAGUAUUUCUCAAUUUUCCCGAUGAUAUUUCACCACUUGUAUUAUCAACAGAUGCUUCGGGUUACGGUAUGGGCGGUGUUUUACGACAAAUUACACCGGAGGGAUCCAAAGUGAUAAAAUAUGUCUCAAAGAAAUUUAAUAUAGCACAGAAGAAAUAUUCUACGACGGAAAGAGAAUGUUUAGCAUUAGUCUGGUGCAUUUGUAAGUUGAAAGAAUAUAUUUGGGGGCGACCAAUACAGAUAGAAACUGAUCACUGCCCAUUAUGUAGUUUCAAUAAAAAGAAAUUUCAAAACUCGAGAAUCGAACGUUGGCAAUUACAAUUAUCCGAAUACGAUAUUACAACAAUCACUUAUAAACGUGGAAGAUGUAAUUGCGAUGCAGAUUUAAUAUCACGUUUUCCAUAUGAUGAAGCCGAUAUUGACGAUGCCGAACACCCAAGGUGUGUUCGAAAUUAUACACAACCAUCUGCUAAUCACAUAGCUGCUAUGCAAAUCAAUGUCAUUACAAGAACAAGAGCCAAACAAUUAUCAGCGAAAUUGCCCGUACCAUCUUCGUUUAAAUCUUCAUCAUCGAACAUUAUGACAAGAUCAAAAACGAAAAAGGUCAAUAUCUUACCUAUUUCCGAAACAACACCUAUUCCAGUUUCAUCAACAACAACAACAGUCUUGCCUUCACCUUCAUUAAUUGAUUUUAGUAUCGAUCGAAUUCGAAAUGACCAAAUGAAUGACAUUGAUAUUCAGUCAAGAAUACAAAAGAUCAACGAUGAUUCUCGAAAAUAUUUGAACGAUGUUGUCGAUCAACAACUUUUAUAUAAAUUAGUUACAAGAAAUGGUCACACGAAAAUUAAAUUACCAUGGAUACCCAUAUCAAUGAUUCCGGACAUUCUAUCCGCAUAUCAUGAUCAUCCACUUAGUGGGCAUCUUGGUGUCAAUCGUACGUAUCAUAAGAUAAAGGACAAAUUUUAUUGGUUUCAAAUGUUGAAUUCGGUCAAACAAUAUAUUCGUUCUUGUACACAAUGUGCUCAAUUCAAUGUACAACGACGAAAGAAGCCUGGAUUAUUACAAAAAGAGCCACCACCCGAGGGUGUGUUUGAAUUAAUGCAGAUGGAUUUUUGGAAGGCACCCAUUCAAUCGUCUGAUGGGAAUCAAUAUGUAUUAAUCAUUACUGAUAGAUUAUCUAAAUAUGUUUUUGCCCGGGCAUUAUCAUCAGAAAAUGCCAAAGCUGCUGCUGAGAUGCUAUUUGAAGAUAUUAUAUUGAAGCAUGGUGCAAUUCGAUGUAUACAAUCCGAUCAAGGUUCUCAUUUCAGAAAUGAACUAUUGUCGGCAAUAACACAAUUAACUGGCUGUAAACAAAUAUUUUCGAUUCCAUACCAUCCUAUGUCGAAUGGCCAAGUGGAAAGAUUUAAUUCAACCUUUUGUGAUCAACUCAAGAAAUAUUAUCAUGAUAACAUCAAUGAUUGGGAUAUUUAUUUGCAAUCUAUUGUUUGGGCAUAUAAUUCGAGUAUUCAUUCUAUAACUGGUUUCAUCCCAUAUGAAUUAGCAUUCAAUCGUCGAUUAAUAUCGCCGUUUGAAUUUCCAUCAUCAAAAAUUACGAUGUUAAAACCAAACGAUUAUUGGGAAAAAGCAAACAAAUUCAAGCAAGUUGCCAUUCAUGCGGCUCAAGUCAACAUUGAACAACAGCAACAAUUGAGUAAGCUACGAUACGACAAAGGACGAACCCAUCCAACAUACACAUUAGAUGACAUGGUAUGGAUUAAAAUCACAACAUAUACAUCAUUUUCACAUCGACUAUUCUUAAUUCAAUACUUAUCUAACAAUAAGAAGACAAAGAAAUGUAAUUGUCGUAGUGGAUGUUCAAAACGUUCUUGUUAUUGCUAUAAAUCCAAUCGUGGAUGUGAUUCAUCAUAUAGUAAAUGUACUGCACAUCCUUGCUUUGUCGAUUGGCUUGUAAAAAAUGUUAAAACUGCCGAUAGAUUACAAACAAUCGAUCGUGAAGCAUUACAACAAAAAAUUAUGAAUUGUGGCAGAUUUUCAGAAUUAUCAGAUGAUGAAGAUUUUCAAAAGUGGUCAAAAAAAUGGAAUCGAAUUGAAGCUAAUGAAAAAUUAGGUCAUAUACAAAAAUUCUUUCGAAUGCUUCUAUCAGAUGAUGCAACAAUGCAUUAUUAUUCAUUCUGUAAUGAUGAUCUUGCAGAAGAUGAUUGUGAUUGGCAUUGUACUAUUUGCAAAACAUGUCGCGAUUGGCGUGAAUGGCAUUGUGACGGUUGUAAUAAAUGUGCAUAUGGUACAACUUUGCCAUGUCAACGAUGUGAAAGAAAAAAUCAAAUGUUUAGUUUUUGGUAG